UUCCCUAUCGCUCCGUGCCCGGGUGCACGCAGGCCUUUACGCGCUGUCGCACACGGUCACAGAGCCACUGAGGGUCAGAGCAUUGCGCGAGGGGUGGGAGGAAGACCCCGGGACAGAUCUGGGCGCUGUCCGAGGUGGAGCCGGGGGUGGAGCUUCGGGGCCGGGCGCGCAGAGCUGGGGCGUGUCCGCGCCGCCGUGAUCCGCGCCGCUCCUCCCUCGGCCCGCUCCCUGCGCUCGCAGCCUCCUCGCCGCAGCCCCCGCCGUAGCUGUCGCUGCUCCCGCCGUCACCACCUCCGAGAAGAUGGCUGUGCCUCCCACAUAUGCUGAUCUUGGCAAGUCUGCCAGGGAUGUCUUCACCAAGGGCUAUGGCUUUGGCUUAAUAAAACUUGAUUUGAAAACGAAGUCGGAGAAUGGAUUGGAAUUUACCAGCUCAGGCUCCGCCAACACAGAGACCACCAAAGUGAACGGCAGUCUGGAAACCAAGUAUCGAUGGACUGAGUACGGCCUGACGUUUACAGAAAAGUGGAACACAGACAACACCCUGGGUACCGAGAUCACCGUGGAAGAUCAGCUCGCGCGUGGGCUGAAGCUGACCUUUGACUCAUCCUUCUCACCUAACACUGGGAAAAAAAAUGCUAAAAUCAAGACAGGGUACAAGAGGGAGCAUAUCAACCUGGGCUGUGAUGUGGACUUUGACAUCGCUGGGCCCUCGAUCCGGGGUGCCCUGGUACUUGGCUAUGAGGGCUGGCUAGCUGGCUACCAAAUGAAUUUUGAGACCUCCAAGUCCCGAGUGACCCAGAGCAACUUUGCAGUUGGCUACAAGACGGAUGAAUUCCAGCUUCAUACUAAUGUGAAUGAUGGGACGGAGUUUGGUGGCUCCAUCUACCAGAAGGUGAACAAGAAGUUGGAGACCGCUGUCAAUCUCGCCUGGACAGCGGGGAACAGUAACACUCGCUUUGGGAUAGCAGCCAAGUACCAGGUCGACCCUGACGCCUGCUUUUCGGCCAAAGUGAACAACUCUAGCCUGAUAGGCUUAGGGUACACUCAGACCCUCAAGCCAGGUAUUAAGCUGACGCUGUCAGCUCUGCUGGAUGGCAAGAACGUCAAUGCAGGUGGCCACAAGCUUGGUCUAGGACUAGAAUUUCAAGCAUAAAUGAAUAUUGUACAAUCAUUAAUUUUAAACUAUUUUGCAGUAUAGCUACCUUCAGAAUUUAGUGAACCUUUUAAUGUUGUACGUUGGGGAUGUGAGAAUCGAUAAAUACCACGUUAGAUCUCCAGGUUAAGGAUGACUCGGCUUUCUGGUGUUUACCAUUUCAGAGGUACAGCAGACACCCCAUUCCUGAAAGGGUCCUUUUAGCUGUAGACGUGGUCUGGGGAGGAGACCCUCUAGAGAUGCCAGGCCACAAGUGGAAGCUCGGAAUAUGCAGGCCCUUUGUAAAUCUGUAUCGAGUCCACAGGUGAAAUUGUGACUUCCUGAGCAACCUUGGUGUCUCGAUCCUAACUGCUGAGAAGCAUGUGCACACAUACCUGUGUGAGAGGACCUUUCCCAGACAGAUCUCCGUGGCCUCUUCCUGUCCUUGCCCAGUUACCUGUUUUACACCAAAAGCACUCUUCUGGUUAGCUAUUUCCUUUGUGCCAUUUUAGGGUGGAGAGAGUGGGCCAAUGGAGCCAUCAUUUAGGACUUCAUUCUUCCUUGUGUUGUGGCAUGGUUUUUUUCUUUUCUCUCUCUCUCUCUCUCUCUCUCUCUCUCUCUCUCUCUCUCUCUCUCUCUCUCUCUCUCUCUCUCACCAUUGCACUAGAGUAUGAGACAGCUUUAAGCUGGGCAGGUGAUUGUGGUCACCAUGACAACACUAGGGAUCUAAAGUGACCUGUUAAAGCCACACCACUCUUUUUUUAGCAGUUUAAUGGGUACAUUAGAGAGUCUUCCAUUUGUGUGGAAUUAGCUCCUCCCCUUCAAAUGCUGUAAUUAACAUCACUUAAAAUAAAACUUGAAUAAAAUAUUGAAACCUCA